AUGACGAAGGUGGUGGUUAUAUACACCAUCUUAACCACCGCCUUCGUCGUCUUGAUCCUCCUUCCUCCCUCAAGUAAGUCCCAUAAGGGUAAUCGUCAUAUACGAUUAUCCAAUGGCGUGUAUUUCGACCCACUUGUCAUGGAUAUUGAGCAUAAGGUUGAAGAAAAAGGGUUAAAUGUAAAUAUCUAUGAUGAUAUUAACCCACAUAUUAAUCAUGCAUCUUCACAUUAUGUGCAUGAAGUUAUUGAAGAAGAGGUUGAAGAAGCAAAUAAGGUGUAUUUUGGGAAUUAUGGGAAGCUAAACUUAACGUUGAGGUUGAAAACAUUGUUCCCCAUGAUAGACAAUUUGCACAUUGAUGGUUAUGUUGAGUUUAGGGAGCUUGAGGCUUGGAAUAUUAUGCAAUCUAACAUGAAUUUGGAGUAUGCAACAAGGAAAGAGCUUAAGUUCCAUGACAAAAAUAAAGAUGGACUUGUUUCUUUUCACGAGUUUUUUCCUCAAUUUUCCGAUGAAGAUAUAAAGAAAAACAAGAUGGGGCAUGGGGAAACUGGUUGGUGGAUGGAACAAUUCAUGAAUGCUGAUGCCAAUCAAGAUGGGAAAUUGUGUUUUGAGGAGCUGAAAGACUUCUUACACCCAGAAGAGAGCACUGAAAACGCAAAAGUACAAGAAUGGACAAUCCGUGAGAAAAUAAGGAGAUUAGAUUUGGACAAAGAUGGUAAACUCAGCCUCCAGGAAUUUUGUGACAAUGCUUAUGAUACCUUCAAGACCUACUAUCAGUUCAGUUUUGCUCAUAAUCAAGUUCCUUCUCAAGAAUUACUAUUUUCAAACCUUGACUUGAACAAAGACGGGUUAUUGACGAUCCAAGAGUUGAAGCCUAUUAAACAACUGCUGUUUCCAGGAGUACUGGAUCAUGCUUCUUAUUACUCAACUUAUUUGAUGAAUGAGGUUGAUGAUAACCAUGAUAGCUUAUUAACUAUAGAAGAAAUUUUGAAUCAUGAAGAUAAAUUUUACAAAAGUGUUUAUGUGGGAGAUGAGGAAGAUGAUGAUGAUCAUGAUCAUGAUCAUGAUGAGUUCUAA